AUGAAAAUAAUAACCUCACAGUCGGCCACUUUUGUUGGUCAACAUGAACCGCUUCCUUAGCCUGGUGCCUCGAGAAAUGUUUUCUUCUACACUGAGAAAAUAAAAUAAUAUUGUCCAAACAAGAAUUUCUUGGUUCAAGAAAUCCGUUCAAAAUAUUUCUUUUAUUAUCAUUAAUUAUCAAUUUCUCGAGAAAAGAGCAUCAAGUUUAUUUUUGUUAUAUAUGAAUUUGAUUUAUUACUAGUAAACAAAAUAAAAAUUAUUUCCAUCAAUUCUACGAAUUCUUGAGACAAAAUUACAUAUUCUCGAAAAUUAUCAAGAAUAUAUGUUCUUGUAUCAAGUAAAUAUUCUUAACAAAAGUAUUUUUGUUUCUCAGCGUAAAAUUUUUCUCGACUAAAAUGAGUGCUGACUUCUUAAAUAACUUUAUCUUAUCAAUUUCACCAAAUUUAAAAUUUUGCAUCCAUGAAAUAUUGUAAAUUAAAAAAAAAUGCACUUAGUUUUAGUUCAUUUUUAGUUUUUAAAUUAGUUACGAUUUUAGCAAUUAAAUUUGGUUAUAAUAAGGCGAGUGAAAGGUAAAAGCAUCAGAUAGUACACACGAUUAUUAUACCCCUACCAUCAGCCGAAAAGAGGACACUCAAUACGCUCUCAGCAGUCUGACUAGUUUUACUGAUGCAGACUUAGAUAUAUUUAUUUUAUACUAAACCUUAGUAGUUCUAUCGAAACUAUUUUUUAUAUUUUCGAUUAUCUCAUGGAAUGAUGUUCUUUACAAUUAUAUAUCAAACUGCGCAAUUACAGAUAAUAACAUAGUACAAACUGAGUAUGAUAAAUAGUCUAAAUGUUGUAAGAGUUCUGUUAUGUAAAAACUUUACCUUAAAAAUAUAAUAAUGUUCAAAUAAAGUUUUGUCGUUUUGGUCAUCCUUAGUAUCAUAAAUGUCACAAUGGCUUUCAAAAUAUAGACAAACGGUAUUUCUUAAAUAUAACACCUAUCAAAUAAGGUUAGCUUUUAUGAUUUUGCAAAGCAAACAACCAAGAAUCUGCAUGUUAAAAGAAACCAUCCGUAAAUAUAAAAUCAAUACUGUGCAUUCAUUUAUUAAAUGAAAGAAUUGCUAAUAAAUUUUUACUAAAAAAUCUAAACUUUAUCGUAACAAAAAUUCUCCUAUAAAAAUAUACACACAACAAAUGAGUAAAGGUGCAAAUGUUUAAAUUUAAAAAAUGCACGACAAAACUGGAGACUCACCUAGAAUUAAUUUUAUCAAAAAUAUUUUUUCAUCACGACGUCUUAAUUUACCAUCAACAACAGUCUUCACUGGAACAACAAUAAGAACAAAGUUAAAUAUUAAUAAUAGUAAAAAUACAAUAACUAAUGAAAUUGGUAGUUUAGGAUUAAUUCCACAAUCGCGUCCGCCAAAUUUACCCGCUAAAAAUUCUCAAGAAGAAUCAUUGCACCGUAAACAACAUGACGCUAUUCUGGAUGGAAUAAAAAAACGUGAAUUACGUGAACAAAAAGAUAAUAAUAAAAAACGUGCUCAACAGUUAGAAGAUGAAAAUAAACUAUCGUCAAAUUUACAGUACUGGUAUCAAAAAGUAAUACCAAAUUUCAUUCAACUCAAAUCGACCACCGAGGUACAUGAUUUAUGGUGGCAAGGAAUUCCAUCAGCUGUUCGAGGACGUAUUUGGUGCCUAGCCAUUGCUAAUAAUUUAAAUUUAACUGCCGAAAUAUUCGUAGAUUGCGUAAAAAAGUUUAACACCAGUAAUCACAUAGAAUCAGCAUCAAUCAAAUUAGAUAUCACGCGUACAUUUCCGUCAUUACAAAUUUUCCAAAAAGACGGACCACUAUUUGAAUCUCUUUACAAUUUGUUAGCCGCUUAUUGUAUUUUCAAACCAGAAAUUGGGUAUGUACAGGGUAUGAGUUUUAUUGGAGCCAUGUUAAUACUUAAUAUGGAUGCUAUUGAUGCAUUUAUUUGUUUAGCUAAUUUAUUUAACAAUAAUUUAUAUCAUAACACAGCCCUUACAUUGAAUGAAAUUAAAAUUAAUAAUUAUUGGGGUAUUUAUAAUGAAUUAUUAUUUAGAAAUUUACCUUGCUUACAUAAACAUUUUUUCGAUAUCAAUUUGACACCAGAUUUUUAUUUACUUGAUUGGUUAUUUACAAUUUAUGCUAAAGCAAUGCCACUAGAUGUGACAAGUCGAAUUUGGGAUAUUUUUGUACGAGAUGGCGAUGAAUUUUUAUUUAAAACUGCUAUUGGUAUUCUAAUUCUAUACAAAAACGAAUUAUUGAGCAUGGACUUCGUGCAUGUUGCACAGUUUUUAAUCAAACUACCAGAUACGAUUAAAGUUGAUGAUUUGUUUAAGUGUAUUAAGUGGGUAAAUAUGAAAAUUGGUGAUAGGACUUUUGAUCAAAUGAUUUUAUUACUGUAAAUAAAUAUUUUAUUGAUUUAAAAAUAUUUAAUUCUUUACAAGCAUCUGAAGAAGUAAGACUCUGUAUUUUAAACGAUGGCUCAUCUUUUCCAAAUAUUUAGCUGGUUAUUCAUAGCAUAAAAGCAUACAAAAUUUCAUCAUAUAUGUAUAUAUGUCAGGGUCAGCGAGUGAAACUAAACUAGUUAACAAAACUAAAAACUGAAAAUUAAUUAUUCCAGCAGUAAAUGUCUUUUUUAAUUGAUAAAUAAUUUGAUAGAUAUUUUUGUUUUUUCUAUAGGCUAUAGUUAGAGGAUCUUCAGUGCUGAAACAUGAAGAUUUUUUUACUUUUAUUUUAGUAAAUUAACUCUAAGUCUGGGUCGUACCUAUCGAACUUUCGAAUUUUAGAUUUCUACUAAUUUAUUAAUUAGUUAUAAUUGCAGAAAUUUUGUUAGCUUCUGACCAAAAGCAGAAGAUGAACUUUUUCGGAAGAUUUUUAUCAUUUGAGUUCCAUAUAUAUUUACAAUGUAAUUAAAAAUCUCAAUUUCGAGAUUUCGUUCGUAUCCUAUUCGUAUAGAUACGUCCCACUCUUAAGUGUAGCUAACUCACUUCACUUGUUGAGCUUACGAACAUUAAGCCGGGCCUGUAGUUGUUUUUUCCAAGCUUUUCGCUCAAACAAAAACUCUAAACACACAUAAAGAACGAGGCUCGAUGUAAUAUUCUAUAAUUUAACAAGCUGUGGGCUAGUAUUAAAAUUGUUUUGAAUCGAUGAAAGUGUGUCACGUCGUCUAAUAAACAUUUCUGGUAAGCUAAAAUAUGUAUACUUCCGACAGGCUUGAAAAAUUUGAAAACUUUUGAUUAAAUCAUAUUAUCUGCCUAACUGAAUUUUGAUCUUUGAGUUCGAAUUUUUUUACAAAUAUUGAUGGAGAACUAAUUGAAAAAAUUUGAGUAAUUUAUUAAUUUUUUAUGAAAGUAUCAUAUUUUUCUUUUUAAUUGUGAUUAAAAUUCAUACGUGCGACUAAAAAUAGUCAAUUGAUUUUUUUUGACAUUCACAAAUAUCUCAAAUUAUAUAACACACAUACAUAUUCAAUCAGAAAAAUUUUAAAGGCUGAGGAAAAAAAUUGUGCAACGAGUUCGAGAAGUUAAUUAUUGCUGUUCUAGAUUGUAUUUAUGAUAGAAUUCUUUCCUAUGUAAUUAAUAGAAAGUUUUUUUUCUUCCUUUUUCUAUUAUAAACGUAUCUUCAAAAUUUUUCGUAUUCUGCGUAACCCUGGUGGAUCUGACUUUACGGUAAAUUACCAAAAUCCGGGGUAAAUUACGGUAUUCACACAAAUUUCGAUACUGUAUCACAAACUAUGCUGUUUUUAUGAUAAAAUGUACGGCCAAAAUCGGUGUUUGGCGGUAUUCUAUGGGAAUGUAUCUUAAAGUGUGGUACUCUUACGGUCAGAAUUUAGUUUUUAACUGUGAAACACGGCAUUCAGCAAAAUGUAAGCAUACAUGCCCGAUAAAAAAAAAUUUUAUACAGUUGUAUACAAUUGGAUAGAAAAAAUGGCCCGAUCCAAUUGUAUACAAUCGUAUAUAAUUAUAUCUAAUUGUGCAUAAUCAUAUACAAUCGUAGAUAAUUGUAUCCCUGCUUAAAAAAUCUCAUAAGCUCCGAUAGCUUCUUAUAAAUUCUCAUAGGAAUUUUAUGAGAAUCAAUGAAUUCUAUGGGAAGCGGGAGUCCUCUUCUCAUAGAACUUACUGAAUUUUAUGAGAUUGUAUAGGAGGUAUUUAAAAAAAUUAUUUUCUCAUAGAUUCUGAUAAGGGAUUCUUCAUAAGAAUCUAUCGGAAAAUACAAAUUUUUAUUAAAAAUGAGUUUUUAUAAGGUUGGAUGGGAUAAAAUAUUCACGGGAUUUAUAGGGAUCUAUAAGAAAAUAAUAAAAUUUACAAAAUUUCUAUUCAGUUGAGAAUGUAUGAGGAAAUGAUUUAGUCACUAACAAAUGGAAUCUAUGAGAAAAUAAUAAAAUUAGCAAAAUUUUUGUUUCAAUGAGAACGUAUGAAGAAAUCAUUCCGUCAGUAAUGAUGGGAUUCUAUGAGAAAAUAAUGGAAUUGACAAAAUUUCUAUUUGGAUGAGAAUGUAUGAGGAAAUGAUCCUGUCACUAAUAAUUAGAUCCUAUGAGAAUAUAAUAAAAUUUAUAAACUUCCCGUUUGUUCUCAUGAACGUAUCCGAAAAUAUUUUUACCAGUCACAAUUGGAUUCUAAAAGAAAAUAAUAAAAUUUACAAAAUUUCUCUUCUAAUAAGAACGCAUGAGAAAAUGAUCCUGUCAUUAAUAAUUGAAUUUUAUGAGAAAAUAAUAAAAUUCAUCAUAUUCCCGUUUGUAUGUUCAAUGACUUGUUGUCUCAUGUAAGUUACGGUAUUUACGCAUAUAAACAUAUUAGUCUAGUAAACAAGUGCCUUUUUGACGAAAAUCUGUCCAAGACCACCGAAAAUUAUGAUUAAGGUCUGAUUUGAUUGGAAAUGGCAUCUAUAAAAAAAAAAUUAAAGUAAAAAUUUGAGCCUGGCAAAAAUUGUAAGUUAUUAACAAUUUAGUAAAAAAAAAAAAAAAGUGGUUUGGUUUUUUACAAAUAGUUCAACAAGUAUUUGAGAUAUCCAAAAUCUGUAAAAAGAUCCUCAAAGAGCAGGAAAUUUCCAAAAAAAAGUCCUGUCUCCCCGAACUGUGCCAACAAUAUUUAUAAUUUUAAUUUAGCGGUGAUAAUGGGACUAAAAACGGGUAGCAGCGAAUGCACGCGCGUUAAUAGAAUCAAUAGCAUAAUCGAAAAAAAUUAUUUUAACCGAUUAAAUAUAAAUACCAAGAAAUAAAAAAAAUUUGGUUCUUUCUAAACACAUGGAUUAAUAAUAAUUCACCGAAAAAAAAAAUUGACCUCAAUUUUUCAAUUAACUAUGCUUUUGUUAUUUAGUUCAUUUUUGCGCGUUCAAAGUUUAUAUAAAAACCCUGAUUAUGUCUAAACUAAGAAUCCAGGAUUUUUUUCACUUCGUAGAGCUGUUCUUGAAAGGGUUUAGAAAAAAUCGCCGUUGGAAAAAUUAAAAAAUUUCGAUUUUUCACUUUUUUAUUUACGAUCUAAGGAAUUGAAAAAUCAAAAAUGUAAAUAAAGCAAUCAAGGAAUUUUAUUUUUUUUAUUAUUUUGUUUUCUUAUUGCUAAAAGCUACUUAACAAUAAUUAAAAAAAAAAUUUUUACUU